UAUAAAUGUAGUUCAUAAUCAAUUAGUCUUUCACACUACAGAUUUUGCUAAUGCCAUUAAAAUAUUGGAUAACCCUCAAAUAAUUCAUAGAAGACAUUUAAUAGUAAUUGAUGCGGUUCCUUUACCCAUAGGUGACAUGAAUUCUAGGCUUCGAGCAAUAUUCAGCAUAGCUAUAAGACAUAAUCCAGUGUUUGUUGGUAUUUUCAUUGAUGUAGAACUUAAUAAUGUUGUUAUACUUUCAUCCCAUGAAUACGACGUACAUAAUAGGGAAUUUAUGGAUGAAGUCAGAAAUGUAAUUAUUCCGAAUCCGAUUUUUGAAUAUGGAAAUUUACAUAACGUACAUGUGAAACGCCAACCUCCUGAAAACAAUCCUCUGAUAAAUUUCCCUAUUAUAGCUGGUGAAGGUUAUAAAGAUUUAUAUGCUAUACGAAUUAAAAGUGAUAAUAGAGAUGUUGGAGGACCCGUAUUUUCUUAUCAUGGUCCUAAUAUUGCUAAUGAUGAUGAUCCUGCGGAACUUUAUAAUGUACGUUUAAAUGGUAUACUCACUGGAGCCAUAGGAAAUAUUGCUUUUAUGACACAAUAUAAAAAAAUUAAGGAAGAGAGUAAUUUAUUUCUUGUUAGUUCCACAGGUGAACUAUUAUAA